AUGGCUGACGAAACAGGAAGGAUUCCCUCAAGCGGAGCCGAAUCUCUACAGAAUCAAGUCCAGCAACGGCAGCAACAACAGGUGGAGCAGCAGCGCGAUCAGCUGGCGUCAGGUGCUGCGAUGAUGGCUGACGUGGCAGCUGGUGACGAUGGCGACGGGAGCGACGGCGAGGGCUCAGGAGGCGAGGAUGCGCACGCGGGAGUGAUGUUUCCGCGAGCCAACACCAACGCCAAGGGACAAUGGACGCCGGAGGAGGACGAGCUGCUGCGGAAACUGGUGGAGAAGGACGGAGCCCAGCGGUGGUCCGCCAUUGCGGCGCACCUCAAGGGGCGCGCGGGGAAGCAGUGCCGCGAGCGGUGGCACAACCACCUGAAGCACGGCAUCAAGAAGGACGCGUGGACGGAGGAGGAGGAGGCGAAGCUGGUGGAGGCGCACAGGAAGCUGGGGAACCGGUGGGCGGAAAUUGCCAAGCUGCUGCCGGGGCGGACGGACAACAGCGUGAAGAACCACUGGAACUCCACCAUCCGCCGCAAGGAGGAAUCGUCUCGCAGCAAGGCAGUGCAGCGCCCCACACUGCUCCUGAGGUACAUCCAGUCGCUCAAGACCCAGGGGGGGCUGGGGGGCGCAGGAGGCAGCUCUGGCGCGGGGGGCAGUAUAGGCGGAGGCGGAGGUGGUAUGGGGGGAUUUGGGGGGAGCAGCUUCUCCAGCGGAGGCCUUGGCGGAUUCAGCACGGGGAUGGGCAUGGGGGGAGGCAUGGGCGGAGGCAUGGGCGGAAGCAUGGGCGGAGGCAUGCGGGGGCCCAUGGGCAUGGACAUGGGAAUGAGCAUGGGCAUGGGCAUGGGCGCAGGGGCAGGGGGAGGAGGGGGGAUGGGGAUCAGCCUGGGGGAGCUGAUGCAGGGGCUCGUGAAGGGGGAACCCGCGUCCCCCUCCGCCUCUGCAGGCCUGGGUGGCUCCGGCGGUGAGGGAGAGGGGCACGAGCAGAAAGCAGGGGUGCGGCAGUUGGGAGGAGGCGGCCUCACCACUGGUGCAGCAGCAGGGGGGAUGGGGGGGAUGAGGGCAGGGGGAAUGGGGUCCGAGGGAAUGGGCGCAGGGGGGAUGGGGCCAGGGGGAAUGGGGGCGGCUGGGUUCAUGCGCUCAUCCUCUCUUUCCAGGGCAGAGUCCCGGGCGCGCCAGCACAGCCGUGGAUCGUUUCUCGGCACGCGAUCCGGGCUGUUGGAUGCGGCCCGGGGCGGCGAUCGACGGUCGGAGUUGGACCGGGCAGCAGCAGAGUUCCAGAAGGAGAUCGCCAGGGCGUUGCUGGCGCCUGGUAUGGGGCGGGCCUUAUCCAUGCCUCUAGGGUAUGCCAACACGGCAAAUGCCCAAGCCGCCGCUGCCGCCAAUGCUGCUGCUGCUGCUGCCAAUUCUGCUGCUAAUGCUGGGACUUGUGGUGCUGCUGCUGGAGCCAGUGGUGGUGCUGGUGCUGCUCCUCCUGGUCUGUCUCUCUCCUUCCCCACUCCCGCCAACCCCGCCCAGUCCUCCUCCUCUGCAGGCUCCCCCUCCAGUCACCCCUUUUAUUCCCGCUCGCGCUUUGCUAAAAGUUCGUCCGUGCCGGGGAGAGUUUCCGCCUCUGGGUCAGAGGAUGGGGGCCGGGGGGGAUGGGGUCGGAGGGGAGGGGACAUGGGCGCAGCAGGGGGAGUAGGGGGAGCAGGGGGAGCGGGGAGAGCAGGGGGAGCAGGGGGGGCAGCAGGGGGGACAGCAGAGGGGGCGGGAGCAGGUGGGGGAGCAGCAGGAUCUGAGGUGAUGGCGCUGCUGCAACUGGUUCUAGAUCCAUCUCUUGCUGCUACCGUUGCUGCUGCUGCUGGCCCCGUGGGGGGUGAAGGAAGAGGAGGAGGAGGUGCAGGAGGAGCAGGAGGGGGAGCAGGAGGGGGAAGAGGGGGAGGAGCGGGCGGAGGAGGAGAAGGAGGAGGGGGAGGGGUUACGUCUGCGUUGGAUCAGGUUGCGAGUGUUCUGACUGCCGACCAGCUCGCCCUGCUGCUCAAGGUGAGUGAGGCGUAUGAGAUGGGCGACUGGGGCGCAUAG